AAAGAGAGAGGUCUGGAGGGCAUGACAGCCAAAAGGAGGGAGGUCAGGGUCAGGCACAUUGCUGGGAGGGCUAGCCAGCACCAUCCCAGUUCGGCACAAGAAGAACCUGAGGGGCGUCCGCGAUGAUUGCGGGCAGAGGGGUCCCCACUUGUCAGACCUUACUACUACCUUCCCGCAGCCUGCAGGAUGAACUUGAGGGAAGGGCAAGCAGAAGCAGGUUGCCACUGUCACUGGGAGUCCUCGGCCUCUAGGGUGAAUAAAUAAAUUAUUAAGCGCCCAAUACACAAUAGCCUCGCUAGAUGGAGACGAGGAAUCACUGCAGCGGCGCUGGCGGCCGCGGCAGCGGGGAGCGCGGGCGGGAGCGCAGCCCGGGAGGGAGGCGGGCGAGGCUCUGGCUCCGCUCACGUCUGUUUUCCUUUUUCGUGCAUUAUUUAUUUCGCCUCCGCCCGCGGCCCUGCUGCCGGAGCGGGUGCUCCCGGCCGGCGCCUCUCGCCCGCUGCCUCCAGCGGGCCCCGGGUACCCUGCGCCCCGGGUAGCCGCUCGGCGCCACCGGGAAGGGCGGGGACCGGGGCGGCGCAGGGACCCGUGGCCGGGCUGAAGGAGGACUUGUGCAGCCGGCUAGCGGAGGAUCCGAGGACACUUUCCCCGCCCUCUGCCUGGGCAGCCCGACCGGGACCACGGGUUCAGAGGUGACCGCCUUUCCCGGCCCGCGCGCGGCCAAGCGGAGCCUGGAGCCCCGUGCGAGCGCGCCGCGCCCCGGUCUCCCAGAUCAGCUGCCCUGGAGGCCCACGCAGCGCGCAAACUUUUGCUUCAGCGGCCCGCGCUCGUCCUCUGCAAGUGAAGCCCCCGAGCGCGCGCGCAGCCGCCAGGUUAGCUCACCAGUGGGCGCCGCGGGCCGAGAUGCUUCUCCGGGACCUGGUGCUGCGCCAUGGCUGCUGCUGGCCCUCACUUCUGCUGCAUUGUGCGCUGCACCCACUCUGGGGUUUAGUUCAGGUGACGCACGCUGAGCCCCAGAAGUCUUGCUCUAAGGUGACUGACAGCUGCCAACACAUCUGCCAGUGCCGGCCCCCACCUCCUCUGCCCCCGCCACCCCCACCUCCGCCACCUCCCAGACUACUCUCUGCCCCAGCUCCCAACUCUACCUCCUGCCCCGCGGAGGACAGCUGGUGGUCUGGUCUGGUAAUCAUCGUCGCGGUGGUCUGUGCCUCUCUGGUGUUUCUGACUGUCCUGGUCAUCAUUUGCUACAAAGCCAUAAAGAGGAAACCACUGAGAAAAGAUGAAAAUGGCGCCAGCGUAGCUGAGUACCCCAUGAGCUCCUCGCCGAGUAACAAAGGGGUGGAUGUGAACGCUGCGGUGGUGUGAACCUGCAGGCCCUGGGACCCACUGGCCAGAGAGGCACCAUGGUGACAUUGGUAGACAUGGAUGACAGGUGGACAUGAGCUGACCCUGGGCCUGUCCAGGACUCUGUGCUUUGUAGGCCUCGAGCCUCCUGAAAGAGAUAGCAUCCUCUUCCCAGGCUAGCCCUGGUCACUCCUGAGGGGUGCGGCACCGACACCAGGCCUGAGCCAGGCUCCCCUGCAUGUGGCCCCUGAGCAGCACCACCACCCAGGGCUCUCCAUACUCCUCCUUGUCUCCUGUUGGGCACACUGACUGUCCACCAGUUACUACUGAAAGCAUGUAUUCCAGUGAAAGCAGAGGGUCUGUCCAUCUGCCUGGGGCAGAGAGGUACCCCACGUUAGCCAGAAGAAAGGUGAGCCAGGGACUUCUCCCAUUCUGGAAGCUUCCUCUCCUGCAGGAAACCCACCUGCUCCUCUGUGGACAUUCUUACAAAAGCCAUCAUCACACAGCCAUGAGACUAAUGUCCCCUUCCAAAGGUGCUUCCCACACAUCUGUCCAUCACUGUAUCUGCCAUGGUCUUCCGUCUCCAGAGCCUGUGUCACCCUCCUUCACCCAACCACAGCCUAGCCUGUGACUCCUUACUGCAAGCCUGCCUCUGGAAGCCGUGAGUUCAGCCUACAUAGUCCCCCAGGGAGUGAACUCAGUGUCUUCCAGAUGCCCAGGCAGAGGGUGUCUCAAGAAAGUCAGAAGUUCCCUUUGCCCACUCUGACACCCACCCCUGCCUCUUCAGGAAGCAUCCGUGUGAACCAAACCCUGCCUCACCGGACAGAGGUCACAACUUGUGCCAAAACCUUACAAGCGCUCUGUGCCAGGCUGAUGCUGGUCUAGUGCUCUGUGACCCGCUUACUCCCAGCAGUCCCCUGAAGCCUAAAUUUGGUAUCAGAAAGUUCCCAGGAGAAGGUGGCCUUCUGUGUGUCCCUGAGGUGGCUUUCUCUGUGGGCCAGAACUCUUAAGGCACCAGGGCUUCCUGAAUGUGGGUAGAAGAGAAAGUGGAGAAGAGUCGUCUAGCCUUGAUAACCCUCCACCCAUAGGCUUGUUUCCCUGGAGGCCACCCACACAGUGAGGCCCAUCCCUUGGCCUUUGUGAUUUUGUAUCCCUUGCCUCCUCUCCCCCAACUCUCCUCACCAGCCACAUGUACUUGCCCAGAAGGAAGCAGACCUACUGGAGAGUUCAACGCUCCCACAGUGAAGAGAUUUAGCUGGGUACAUUAGUCCCCUCCUCAGCCACCAGAGAUCUCUGGUGGGUGUUUGUGCUACAUGAGAAUUUCAAAGCCAGGUAAAACUGACAGACAUGAGGAUCAGUCCUUUGUAGCUGGGUGUCCUGAAGUUGCCACUGCUCUGCUCCCCUGUCAAUAGGUGUAGGUUAAGGGGCGUUCCAGGGCACGGCAUAGCUCCUGUAAAUGACAUUUGCCUUCCUUUGCUUGAGGACAUGGUUUUGGGUUAGUUUUGAAUUUUCCUUUUACAGCCUGCCUUGUGCUCCGGCACGGGGUUGCCAAGAUCCUUCUCUGGGGCUGCCCCACCUCACCCAGGGGAGCAUUGGGCCAUCCUCUCUGGAUGGGAUCCCAAAUGAUGACGAAACCUCAGAGGAGGUAGAUCAGGGACAGGCACGACAAGGGUGAGAAGCCUCUCAGGCUCCAGCCCAGUGCCUUGUCUCUCACGCCAUCACACCUUGAUCUAAACUGAGACAAGGGCCACCAGUCUCCUGGUGCCCGUGCCCACAGCAGACACUGGGCAGAUAGGAGGCCUGGCCCUAGUUGCAAACAUACACACCUUGGAACCUCACAGGGGAUAGUAAUACCCUCCUAUUCCCACCUCCAGUUAUCAAGUCCCAGGAGUGAGGAAGGAAUCCUCCUAGCUGGAGAGGAGCUCCUUACUAGGGGGCCUGAGGGCUGGGUAGAGUCUGAGAUCUCCAUGUACCUAUGUCCAGACCUUGGCUUAAACCUAGGUAGCACACGGUGUUUGUGUAUAUGUGUGUGCUAUGAGCCAGCAGGGACUAUGACUGAGGUUGCACUGUGCUUGGCUAGUGUACAUGUAAAUUCUCUUUAGUGGGCUUGCAUUACCCCACCCCGCAGUUAGGGGGAGACCAAGGGAAGGGCCUAGGUUUUAAAAGGGUUCCCCGGAGAAUGGCCUCUCAAGCUCAAGCUUGGCCACUUAGAGGGCGUGUCUCACAUCCCAAUAGAAGGCAGUAGCUUUUAAGCCCACAUGGCUGUAACAUACACAAAGUCAAUGUCAACCAAGAGCCUGAACUUAGACCUUCACUUCAAAGGGCCCUGAGUCAGCUCCACGAAGACCUGUUCUCAGCGCAGCCUGAAUGAAUGCAGAGGUCAGAAGAAAUGCCCGUGUUCACGAGUUUCCUCCGACGUUUUUCACUGUGGUUAAGUCAUGUCAAAACUCAACAGCGUUUAGGCUCUCCCAGUUACCAGGUGUUUCUACAAGCCUUCUAGAAGACAUUUUGGAUGAAAGAGAAGUAGAUGUAAAAAAAAAUAUAUAGGCGUAUUAUAUAUAGUUAUAUAUAUAUAUAAAGAGAUACCUAUCUAUACAAAUAUAUAUAUAUAUAUAAAUAUUGUACUCUGAUCUGUACAAAUAUGACCUAAACAGUCCAGGUAGUAUGUGACCCGCAGUGCAUGAAUGUAAAUACCGUGAACUCUGCCUUCUUAGCAAUGCGUGCGUGUGUGUGUGCGUGUGUGUGCGUGUGCGUGUGUGUGUAUGUGUGUGUGUGGCGACUGUUGCCGCUGGCACAUGGCCUUGGUGGGCAGGUACACGCGUCAAGACUCAGCAGCCUCUUCCUUACGAAAAAGGAGGCAUCGAGGUUUUUUUUUUACUGUCAAUAAAAAUGUACUUAUAAAGACGGCUCCUCACUGUUGUCUGUAAUGGGUGAUGGACCCUGAACAGGAGUAAGAAGGGGCAGGCAGGCUACUGUGAACCCAGGGCGGGCUGGGCACUUUGCAGGUGCUUUAAGUCUAUUGGUGUAUCCAAAAGUCACAGGGGUCUGUUUAUAUUCGCUUUGGUUUUUGAAGACAUUUUUUUUCAUUUUUGCGUGUAUGAAUGUUUUGUCUGCAUAUACAUAUAUAUACAUAAAUGAAUGUGUGUGUAUGUGUGUAUGUGUGGAUAUACACACAUAUACAUAUACAUACACACACAUGUAAACAUAUGUGCGUGUGUGCCUGGUGCCCUUGGAGGCCUGAAGCAGGUAUAGUAUAGGCAUAUUAUAGGCACGCACACACACACACCACACAUACAUACACACACACCACACACACACACACACACACACGCAAGAUACACACCACACACACACCACACACACACACAUACACACACACACCACACACACACACCACACACACACACACACACAAGAUACACACCACACACACACACCACACACACACACAUACACACACACACACCACACACACACACCACACACACACACACACACGCAAGAUACACACACACCACGUACACACACACACAAGAUACACAUACACCACGCACACACACACAUACACACCACACACACACACACACACACACACACACACACACACACACACACACACAUGCCUGGUGCCUGAAGCAGGUAUCAAAUCCCCUGGAACUGGGUUUAUAGCUGGGUUUAUAGAUGGCUGUGAGCUGCCCGAUGUGGGUGCUGAGACCAGACCUGUGACCUUUCUAGAGAAUCAAGUGCUGUUAAUGAAGCACCAUCUCUCCAGCCCAAGGGCUGGCGUUUCCAAGCUCCGUCCUGUUCCUCAUCCUCUCACCAACUGCCUCCAUCUAAGCCGAGGGUAAAGCCACAGCCUUUCCAUUUUGCCUGGGUGGAACUAAUCCAGACGCAGGACUCCCAUGGACCAUACUAAGAAGGUUCCAGGAGAAUGGUCCGGCCUUGCUGUGGGUAUCCAGGCAUUGAGAAUCUCCCGGUCAUGAUGGAGGAGGAAGGAGAUUGGGCCUGUGACUGCUGUCCUAGGACAUCCAUCCAGCCUGGAUAUCAGUACUCCGUUCCCUGGCCUGAACCAUGCUGCAGCAGAGGGGCCUCAGGAAGAGCAGGUCCACUCUAGACUGGCCUGAGCCUGAAGGAAGCAGGGCAGGAACCACUGAGGUCUGUGCAAAGCUCCAGACCUCACCGGGAAAACUUUACCAAGCUUCCACCUUUCCACUUGUGCCGGAAGGGAGAGUGGGAGAAGGAAUGCUAUUGUCCUCAACUUUAGGGUAGGAAGAUGGAUCAGGGAACAGAUUCUGAUGGCCAAAGUCACACAGAGACCAGCCAACAAGGAUGGGGCUUGUACCUAAACCUUCAUCACUGGUCUCUGCUAGGACUGAGAGGACCCUAACAUAGACUGUCUCCCCAUAAUCGAGGUACAACUGCUUUUCCCUACUUCCUUCUGGUCCUCAAUCUCUCACUGACUUCAGUGAGUUGGGGAGGGACAAAAGAGCCCUCCACAUCCUGAACUAGGGGUGUAUGUGUCUCCCAGCUGAUCUCCUGUUGAGAAUGCUGUCACCUCAAGAUAGGGACCCUGGCAAGCAUCUGUAUUCCAGGCACCAGGGAAUUGUGGAGAUCCCUGCUGAGCCGGAAAUGUUUUUCUCAGCCCUUUCCUGGUAGCAGUAAGACCUGAUAAGCUGCCAGCUCUGGGAAUUCCCAUUCAAGCAGGCACAGAGUGGAAGGACUAUCAUCCCAGGUACUGUGGAUAUAGCUGUCAUUAAAAGUGUCCACACCACUCAGGCUUUCCACAUGGCUCCUCUACCUUGAUGCUGUGCGGGAUGGAAUACCUUGAGCCUCAUACACACUCCUGUCCACCCCAGCCAGGGUUCCACAGCAGCAAGCCGGGGACCAGACGAAGACAAGAGAGCAGCCAGCCUGUGUAUAAGGCUCUGUCCAUUUGUCCCCCAGAAUGGGGCUCUAAGGGCAGAUUUGGUGACGGGGGAAGGGGAGAGGCUCUCAGCACAGAGCAGUGGCACCAGACCCCUCCUAGGUGUCUUGUCCCGCCCCAGUUCUCCUCGAGGAGGUCUCUGUUACUAGUUUCAGCCCGACGACCAACAGUGCGCACUGCUCUGACCAGUCUGACAGCAACAUGUCUGCCACCACAGGCAUGAUACACAGUGGCCCUGGAGGAGAAGAGGCAUAAAACCAUUCUUGGGCCCAUGAGAUUGGUGGAAACCGGCCACCCUUCCUCUAUCCUUCCAUAAAGUGUGGCACCCAAACAUACCCUAGGCGCCUGGAAGUCAGUCCCGGAUGUCAGCUGGUCAUGGCCUUACUGUAGGCCAUCCACCCAACUAGUGUCCCGCCACAUGCCCAUUCAAAUAUCAACUUGGAGGGCAUCUGAGAAGUCCCUUGCUGGGUCUCCUGAAGUCCUGUGUCUAUCCCAUCACAGUCAAUCAGAUACCCCCCCCAUCUCCCAUAUUAGGGUGAGCCAUUGGCCAAAAACUGUCCUCUGAACACCUCUGGGAUCUCCUGAACACAUCAUCCAGUUCCUUCUUUCUUUACGCCCACCCCCAACCCAACAAGGAACUUUACCUCCCAGGAGCCAUGCUGUAAACAGGCCCGGCUUCCCCACCCUUGAGGGCCCAACUGGACUCCUCAGAGGUCCUUGGCUAUUGAAAUAUGUCUCAGCCUUUCAUGUAGCCCUGCAAACCAACAUCCACCCUCCUGGCUCCUCCUUCUAGCCACCCAUUCCACUCCAGGUCUCUCUAGCUGACUGAAACUUUUCCUCCAUCUACUGUCUGUCCACCUGCCAUUCAUCCAGUCCAUCCACUGGCUGCUGCGCCUCCCUCUCUGGUCUUGGCCUUCUGUCUUGCUGCCCUGGGCCCAACUCCCCACCCCACUCCCACUCACUCCCACCCAUAGCUGGAUAUCUGCAGGUUUCUGAUGUGCACCACCACCACUCCUUGACCUGCCCUUGUCAACCUUGAUUCUUUUGGCUUAUCUCUCUCUACCAUCCAAGUCCUGUCCAGAGGCUGCCUCCUCCCUGUGCCACAGAGUGUCCAUGCACCCUGCACAGGGCCCCUUCAGUUCAGUGUAACUCUCAUUUUCUUUGCUCCCCCGUGGGCCUGACCCCUCCCAUUAUCCCCUGCCAUGUGACCCUGCGAGCCCAUUGAGACUCUUGACACACACUCCCAUACUCAUGCUAUGUCCUGGGGAUACGGCAGGGCCCCAUCCUGGUGGUGUCACUAAGCUGGUGACAGUGACAGUUCAGCAAUGUGCAUGUAGCAGCAGAUGAAUGAGUACAUGGAGGCAAAAGACACCCCGGGUCAGCUUUCCAGCACUUCUAUACCUUGACUUGAACCCUUCCCUUAAGCCUAGGGGUCACCCCUCUUUACAGAGGGUUAACUAAGUUUCAGAAAUGUUAAGGGGCUUCGAGAGCUCGAGGGAGCAGUGCUAUAGUUAAGAUACAAUUCUGCAUGGCCACAAGUUCCAACUCUUCCGACUCAGAUGGGCUCACAGAUUUCAAAUGAUCCAUACCUCCCCCACUUCCCUACCACAAACAAACAAUCAAGAGUUACUUCUUCAAAGCUCAGCAAAGGGGCAGGGCCUGUAGCCCUCUCAGCCUCUAGAAGCUGGAUCUAACAAAGGUUGCUAAACCGGUGACCUCUGGCCAGGCUCUUCGGUCUCAGAGCCUCAGCUCUCUCUGUGUGGGGGAGAAUGAGGCCUGGCAGGUUCUCUUUUAUCCCUCGUGACUGCCUCUGAACACUCCUAGUUUCUCUCUGGCCUAUCCCAUUCAUCUAGCUACAAUAUCGCAAUGCUGCCCUGUGAAUAAAGGCUGGCUUGUGCACACACUUCCUGCUCUACCUCUGUUAGAAGAUGGGGUGUAUGGGAACAGGUACCCUCUCUGGGUUCCGGUCUUGCUUCCUUACCAAAUCUCCAGCCCUCCUAACACUCUAAAGUGCCUGAUGUUGGAAAUGUUCAUUAAAUUUACCGGUUCCCAGUGGUUUACAAAUUCAACACAGUAUACAGGGACAUAGAGAAGAAAACAUUUUAUUUCUUACAAAGGCCUUCCGCACACAAUUGGGUGUUGUGGAACCUGAAUUUACACAUGGUGAUAUUUUGUCCUCUUAUUUCACUAGAGUCAGUCAGCUUCGCUUCCCGUGGCCAGACACUGUGACGUCAUCCCAAGGGCCACUCACCUCCAGAAGGUGCCGGCCUGGGCCAGUGGACAGGCAACGGCAGUGCAGUCAGUCACUGACAUGUACGUAGCAGCUGGCCUUAGACCCGAUGACUUCUCAGGAGUCUCCAGUCUCUGCUGCAGAAGGACUGGCUUGGCUGCUUCCUUGGACUGACCAGGCAGUGCCUCGCUCUUCUAGCUCCUGGGGUCACUAGCUGCCCACCUAGUACUUGUGCUAGAAAUGUCCUCCUGAUGUAUUUUAUUUUCUUAGUCCCAGACUCUUGGGGAUUCUGGCCUCUUCUCAGGCACAUGGGCGAAAGGACUGUAGAUACUUGAGGGAUCCCAGGUGCAAGUCUAGAUCUGCAACUAUGUAACUUCUUGAGGAAAGAUAGAGAUACACCCCCUGGCCUCCCAGCCCUCCCUCCUUUCUUCUCUCCUUCUUUGACCAGCAUUCUACUAGCGUCCAGAAGAGGUGGGUACUAUUUUCUCAUCCUGUCGGACUAGAACUUUCCCCAAGUUCCGGCUUCCUCCUGCCCCCACCAUCCACAGAAUAGACAGAGGCGUGCUGUUUCCUGGAGAGGAGUAAAAAAAAAAUAUGCAGUUAUUAUUUUCAAAAUAUUAUCCCCAUUACAAACACAGUGCUGUGCUCACUCCAUGAGACUCCAAAUGCUGGCAGAACGUGCCGUGUGGAGGAGGAUUCCCCGGCUGCUCAUUCAGACUUGGAGACGUGGGAGCCUUGAGUCAGCGCACAGAGCGAGGCAGCGUGGGAACAGCACACUGAAGAACUAGAGCCAAGCACCCGUGGCAAGCUGUGAUUUCUCUUCAGCAAAACACCAGCUGUCACCAGCGUUAUGGUAAGUGGUGACACGCAGACUCAGGAUGGGGCAGGUCCCAGAAGAGCUCAUCUCUGACUUACUUGGAAUCUCUUUUGGUGUUGAGGACAGACAACACCUCUUACACUUUUUAUAGGGGUGGAGAACUGUCACCUCCACUUUGCCGCUAAUGACACUGAAGCUUAAACAUUUCAUGCUGGUCAGAGGGUAGGAGAACAUGAAGGUCCCACACCCAACCCCAGCCUGUAAAGCCCAAGUCUACGCCAUCUCCUUUGGUCCCCACUGGAGCCUGGUUUCUGCUCCACAGACUGAAAAUCUCCCACACCCUGCUGUCUGCCCAGAGCCCCCACCCCAUUGGCCUCCACCUUCGCAACUCCCUCUCCUCUAGGCAGUGUGAGUGUCCUCACCGAGAAAGAGCUGCGCUCCUUCAGCCUGAUUAACCAUUGAUUCCUGUCUUUGCUAAGUGGCCACUUGAAGAAGUAGAAAUCAAGGUGUCAGCCAGGCAGCCCCAGGAGACACCCUUCGCCGAUGGUCCCCAAGGACCUGUCUGGGCUGUGUAAUUAAAACACUGCUUUGUUCCUGAAACAACCAUCGUCUCAAACUCCUGUGAACCUUGCAGAGUGUAGCUUGUGCCAGGAGCUCACCUCGGCGUACCCACCUGUCCUCAGCUUCUCUAUGCAAGAAUUCAGCACGGUGCUGGGAUGCAGGGUCCUUGGCAGCCCAGAGCCGGUAUCAAAGGAGUGAUGUCAACCAGGAACAUGCAGGUCAAUGUGGAGUAAAGAGUAUGGCCCCAGGCCCUGCUUUUCCCUUUGCCCUUUGUCCCCUGUUGGCUGAGGGACUCCUUGGAACCUGUUGGCUAGAGCUCAGUCUAAGCUCAGAUUAGUAAAACCCGAGCCUUCUGGGCAAAGAAGUAAAGGAGAGGGAAUGCAGAACCAGGGACCAACUCAGAGACCACAGGAGUUCUGUCCAGAGGCUGUGGCGUUGUUUUUCCUGAUUCUGAGACCAGAUUGGUGGUGGGAGCUAGCCCACACUGGAAACCACUGGGUUUUCAACCACAGAUACUCCAAUCAAAAGAAAGAGUAAAACUGAAAGCUUGUCACACAAAGGUACCCUGGGCAUCAUCAGCCUGUAGGCUCCUCACUGAUGCCUUUGGAUCUAAAUAGUUCUUGUGAGUCAGACGAGCGGCCAAGGCCCCUUCCGGUGUCUAGUUGCCAGCUUCUGUAAUGGACAAUCUGAGGCUGCUGGAGGCAGACACAUUGCUGAAGGGGUCCCGCAAAGAGCCUCCUUUUCCUCAUCUCUGAUAUGAGGCCCAUAAUUAAGGGGUUGGGGUGCCGACCACACACCAUUGUAAAGAUUAAAUGACAUCACAUUAAAAGCUUGUGGCAUGUAGUAAGCCCUUGUCAGUGCUGUCCAGAGCUAUAGUUAGUCAGGGGCAGGUCUUUUCAGAACUGACUGAAUCCCACACAGCAGCUUCCACACUGAAGAGCUAGCUCAUUACUACAACCUUCAGUUCAUCCAAGUUUAUUCUUUUUCCUAUCGUCAUUAUUAUUAAUUCUGUGGUGCUAAAGCUUGAACUCAGGAUGUUAGGCACACACGAGGCAGGCAUUACACCCCACAUCUUUUUAAAAUUUUUAUUUAGAGAUGGGGGGUCUAAGUUGCUUAGGCUGGCCUUGAACUUGGGGCGUCUCCUGCCUCAAUCUCCCCUGCAGAAAAAUGUGUGUGUGUGUGUGUGUGUGUGUGUGUGUGUGUGUUUUACGGGUGGUGGUGGGGGGGAGAAGAGAAGGGGAACCUGCAGUUGAAGAGAAGAAUUUUUAAAAGGUAUCAUAGUAACUGUGAGACUAACUGAGGUUCAAAUUAUGAUCUAUAAUUUUUCCACAGAAAUCAAAAGAGGGAAAACACCUUUGUCAGAUGAAGUUACUCUUUUGUGAGGACAAAACUGAGGACAGUCAAUAAACAGAAAUGCUUCCAGAAAACCCCUGGACUUCUCUAGACACAGCUUCUGACACAGCUCAGCCAAGACAAAAACAAGCAGUUUCUAGCAGAGCUCUGACAUGGGGAUUUACAGCCCUCAGUGUAAGCCACUGCCAGCAGCAUGGCCCAGAAUGGGCGCUUGGCUCAGGGCCUUCCAGUGUGCUGCCUGUACAAUCAGGAGGAAUCUCUACACCUGUCUCAGACAGGACAGUAAGGGCAGUGUCUAGAAGCCAUUUGGGACCUUGUAGACACUCAGUAUACAGUGGCUGCCUUGGCUGCCCUUGAAAGUCCCUCCUACAGGCUCACUGCUUGCUUCUUAGCUGUGGUGGAGCUGGCCAGCCUCUCUUUGACACCUCGGCCAUCAUGAGUCAUGGGUCACCCUUCAUAACACCAUGGUUUUAUACUGUGCAAUGAGUUCCACCCAUUCCAUUCUGCAUAAGAACCAUUAUUGUCAAAACAAGUCAUUUGCCCAAUAUACACAUUUGCAAGGGUACAGUGAGUGCCUGCACUGUCCAAUGAGUGCAGAGGUCCUCCAAUCACAGCCCGUCAGUCCUGGGGGACAACUUGUCUUCUCUGACCUGUUCCAGUCUUCUGCUCCGUUGUCACCUGAGACGCACAUGGAGCAGUUGUGCUACUUGGCCUUGGAGGAGAUGCUUAAGGAAGAAAUCGCUGGAGAUAUCUCAAUGUGGGCAGAGUGACACGCUUGCAAGUUGAUGACAGACAGGGGACUCUUGGGAACUGUUAGCCAAUGGGUACAUUUUGGUUCCUGUGGCCUUGCAGAUCUUGAUUCAGAUGUGCUGGCUCAAGGGAAAGCCAAGUAAGUGUUCGGUGCUGAGCUAUCCUCAUCCAUGUCUCUGCCAGGUAGCAGCAGUCCUUCGGACGUCUGUGGAUCCUUCUGGUCUCCCAGCAGCAUCACAGUCCUCGGCCUGCUUGGACUUUCCAUUCCCCAGGAUUGGUGGAAAGACCCAUUUUACAGAAAGGGAAAACAGAGGUCCAGACACAAUAAUUGGUCCAAGGUCAACCAAGAAGUAAGAGGCAUACGCACCAAGGCAAAUCACUGACAACAGAAUCUUCGUACUUAAAGAGUUGUGGUCCAUGACACCCGUGGGAAUCUAAGAGUAAUCCGAUGACACUGGAUCCAGUAGAAUUCCCUCAGGUGACUCUUUAAUCCUUCUCCAAGCUACCAGUGCUUGCCACACCUGAACCAGGUGACAUUUUCCUGGGCUCUCCCCACCCUUGCCUUGCUUUCACGGCUAUGCUUUGGCACUGGGAUACAUGUAGCUGAUGCUAACACAGGAUAUGUUCGGGAACCCAGUUCUUGGGUUGGAUAGCCUGGGGACCAAGCUUUGCUUUGCUCCUUACAAGCAAUGUGACCUUGGAUGAGUAUCUUUACCUCUCUAGGCUUUAGCAAGAAUAAAAACAACAAUUUCCUAA